AUGGAGACUUCUACUAUACUAUGGCUCCUCUACGUCUCGGCCGCUUCUUGCGUCCUCUACAAGGUCUUCCUCUGUGGCAGAAACAACCCAAAGACGAGCUCCAGCAAUGCGCGACGGCCGCCGGGACCGACGCCAAUCCCUUUCGUCGGCAACAUCUUCCACCUGCAAGGCGAGCCGCACCACGCCCUGGCAAGGCUCGCCGGGGUGUACGGCCCCGUCAUGUCCUUGAAGCUCGGCACGACCACUGCCAUCGUCGCCUCCUCCGCGUCGGGCGCCCGUGACAUCCUGCAGAAGUACGACCACCUCCUGGCCGCGCGGUCCAUCACCGACGCCGGGCGCGCGCUGGGAAACCACGAGCGCUCCAUCGUGUGGCUGCCGUGCACCAGCCCGCUCUGGAAGCGCCUCCGCGCCGUGUGCACCAACCACCUAUUCUCGGCGCGCGGCCUCGAAGCGACGCGGGCCGUGCGGGAAGAGAAGGUGAGGGAGCUGGUCGGCUCCCUCCGCGCACACCACGCCGGCGAGGCCGUGGACGUCGGCCGUGUCGUGUUCUCCGGGGUGCUAAACCUCGUGUCCAACGUGCUGUUCUCCGAGGACGUGGCCGACAUGAGCUCGCACCGCGCGCAGGAGCUGGAGGUGCUCAUCAGGGGCAUGGUGGAGGAGUUCACCAAGCCCAACUUGUCGGACCUCUUCCCGGUGCUCUCCGCGCUAGACUUGCAGGGCCGCCGCCGGCGCACCACUCAGUACCUGAGGCGGUUCAAUGACUUCUUCGACCCGAUCAUCGGCCGCCGUAUGAAAUACGAAGGCGAAAGGAAAGAUGAUUUCUUAGACGUGCUACUCCAGCUUCAUUCCGUGGAUCAGCUCAGCCUCGAGGCUCUCAAUUGCUUUCUUUCGGGAACGAUAUUAACUGCUUGUAUUGAGGUUGAAAAAGCGCCAGGAGACUUGUUCGUGUCAGGGGCGGAGACUAACUCGAUCACAGUGGAGUGGACGAUGGCUGAGCUACUCCGGCAACCGGCCGUGAUGUCAAAGGUUCGCGCCGAGUUGCGGGAAGCUCUCGGCUCGAAGCAGCACCCUGAUGAGUCCGACGUCGGCAGGAUGCCAUACCUGCGCGCCGUGGUGAUGGAGACCAUGCGGCUUCACCCGCCGAGCCCACUCCUGAUGCCACACGAGGCCAUGGCCGACGGAGCCGAGGUCGGCGGCUUCGCUGUGUCCAAGGGCACCAAGCUGAUCGUCAAUCUGUGGGCCAUCAUGCGAGACCCAGCGCUGUGGAAGCAGCCCGAGGAGUUCAUCCCUGAGAGAUUCCUAGGGGCGGACAUGGAUUUCCGGCGCAAGGACCAGGGGGAGUUCAUGCCGUUCGGGGCAGGAAGGAGGGCGUGCCCUGGGACACCCAUGGCCACGAGGGUGGUGACGCUGAUCCUCGCGUCUGUACUUCACGCGUUUGAGUGGAGAUUGCCCGACGGGAUGCAGCCAUGCGACGUCGAUGUUAGGGGCCGGUUUGGCACGUCGCUCAAAAUGGUCACGCCACUCAAGGCCGUGCCGGUGCCGUUGUUCUAGUAGCUAGAGUUGCACCGAUGUCCUUCUUAAUUAGUCUCAUUAUGCACGCAGGGCACACAUGAUCACUGCGGCUAUUUGAUUUCAGGUUGAUUUGAAAACUAUCCUUAGGUGAUACUGUGAGACAAGUGAUCAUAGUCAUGUAAAAAUACUAAGUGACG